GUUUAACCACUGUGAGGAGGAAGAGGGGGAGGAAGAGGAAGAAGAGGAAGAAGAAAAAGAAAAGGAAGAAGAGGAGGAAGAGGAAGAAGAGGAAAAGGAAGAAGAGGAGAAGGAGAAGCAACUUCUGGCCGCUGCUCUCCGGGUGUCAGUCGCCCUGCUGCUCACAUUAAACUAAUUAAAGUAAUGAAGGUGAUUAAACCGGAGCAGAUCCGCAGCUCCACAUCCUCUCUAAAGAUCCUCUCUGGACUCUGGAUCAUUUCAUUCUUCUCCACAGAUCAUCUGCAGCUCUCCUCCUCCUCCUCCUCCUCCUCCUCCUCCUCCUCCUCCGCCUCUCCGGCUCCAGGCUCACAUGUGAGGAAGGUUUUGGCUUCUCGUUUCUAACCGGAGGAUUUUCAGCGUGGUUGUCCUGCCGGUGUCGCCCCGGUGUCGGACUCGCGGCUCUUGUAGUUUCCUGCGGGUCUCUGCGCUGCUCGGCGGUCAGUGAGCAGAUUUACUUCUCUUCCCACUGUUUCAGAGGAUGUUUGCACGAUUUAUUUCGGACUGAAGAUGUUUGACAGCGUCAGUUUUCUGCCUCUGCUCAGUUCGGUUCGGUUCCGUCUUCCUCUCCAGCAGAAAGCAUGAAUGUCUUACUUCUGCCUGCAUCCAUUUCAGGAGUUUAAAGCAGGAAUAUUUUUAAUUAUUUCUAAAUCAUCAAAUCUGUGGAUUGAUUUUUCUACCGGGACUCACUUCCGACUUUGUUUCUCUCACUUUGCUUCUGUUGCUGUUUGUUCUUCGUCCACGUGUUACAUUCUUCAUAUUUCCUGGAGGAGAGGAAAUCCUGGAGCCAGAACAGAGACUCCCUGAUCUUCCACUUCAUCCAUCGACUUUGUUUCACAUCAGAAUUUUCCUUUAGAGGUCAGAAAGACUAGCCCACCAGAACCAGUGAGUGCCUCUUAAUUUCCAGACUUUUCCCAGUUUUUGACAUUUUCUUGAUGUCUAAAAUCAAAUUUCCAUCCUGGAAGAAGGAGCCAGUAACUUUAAGGGACGGUGGACAUCUGGAGGGACCCUGAAGAUUUUAAAGACCACAAAUGAGCCACCUCGGGGAGGUCGUGAAAAACCUUCAAAAACAAUUCUGGAGGAACUUUGACAAACACUUUUGAGAAACUAGAGGCACCCGAGAAGCCCAAUGGAACCCUAAACCCUAAACCCAAAGCCUUGGGAGCUGUCAAACAUCUGGAGAACAAGGAACAAGGAACCCCAGAAGCAAGCUAAGGCCUUUUAAACUUUUGAAUGUUCUUGUACAAAUCCUAAAAGAACCUUGACAGAACCCUCUGAGAACCUCUAGACUGCACAGACCCAGAGGAAUUCUUGUUGACUGCUGAGAAUCUGAGGAAACCCCAGAGAUAAUUGUGAAAUGUGAUGAAUGAUCCUUGAGUCGUAUUUUAAGAACCUCCCUGACAGACUUUAGAGGGACCCUUGAGACCUCCAGGGACUGCUGGGAAACUGGCAAAACUCCUUAAGUAGCCCAAGAAACCUCAGUAGAUUCAUAGACUCUUUAAGAAGCUCUGGAAAAGACCAAAAAUACAAAUAAUAAUAACCUGAAAAACCCUUCUGAGAACCUCUAGAGGGACCUUUAAGGCCCCAACAAAAUCUUGGGAUUACUGUGAACCUGGAGGGACCCAGGAGGAAACUUUGAAGGGCCCCGGGGAACCACAGAAUGACCUCAGGAUCCCAGAGAGAGAUCUCAGAGGAAUGCUGAGAAAACCUGAAGAAUCUCUGCAGCGCUCUGAAAAAUGUUGUACGAAGGUUGAAGUUACCGUGACUGACACAGAAGCACCUUUACACAACCUAGAAAUCACCAAGACGCUGAAGAAAUCAAGGUACUGCUAAGAAAUCAGAAAGAAUCUUGGGGAACAGGAGCGGUUGAACACUGUGAGCAUCCCAACAGUUAAGUACUUUGAGGAACCCUUUAGGGACCCUCAAGCUCCACAGGAAAUCUGGGGACCACAGAGGACACCCCAAACACUCUAGAGGAACCCUGAGAACUCUUCGGACCCCCCUACAGAGAACCCAUGGGCACCUUAAGGGACCUGCAGUACGCCCUGCAGGAAAAGAUUGAGGAGCUGAGGCAACGCGACACCCUGAUCGAUGAGCUGGAGCUGGAGCUGGAUCAGAAGGAUGAGCUGAUUCAGCGGCUUCAGAACGAGCUGGACAAGUACCGCUCUGUGCUCCGGCCCGCCACGGCUCAGCAGGUCCAGGCCCAGCAGCAGAGCCUUGUCCUUCAGCCAGACCAGCACCGCAGCAAACGGCAGGCCAUCUCCGCCGAGCCCACCGCUUGUGACAUCAGUGACCUCAGCCACGUCACGCUGCCCUUCUACCCCAAGAGCCCAGAGUCAAAGGAGAUGAUAAAAGAGGCCAUCUUGGACAACGACUUCAUGAAGAACCUGGAGCUGUCUCAGAUCCACGAGAUCGUCGACUGCAUGUACCCGGUGGAUUAUGGGAAAGACGCCUGCAUCAUCGAGGAGGGCGACGUGGGCUCUCUGGUCUACGUGAUGGAAGAGGGGAAGGUGGAGGUGACUAAAGAGGAGAUGAAGUUGUGCACGAUGGGGCCGGGCAAAGUGUUCGGAGAGCUCGCCAUCCUCUACAACUGCACCAGGACGGCUACUGUCCGGACUCUGGUCCAUGUGAAGCUGUGGGCCAUUGACCGUCAGUGUUUCCAGACCAUCAUGAUGAGAACUGGUCUCAUCAAACACGCCGAGUACAUGGACUUCCUCAAGAGUGUUCCCACGUUUCAGGGUCUGCCUGAGGAGACUCUCAGUAAACUGGCUGACGUCAUGGAGGAGACUCAUUAUGAAGAUGGAGAGUUCAUCAUCAGACAGGGAGCCAGAGGAGACACUUUCUUCAUCAUCAGCAAGGGAAAGGUGAACGUGACCCAAGAGGAUCCAGCCAAUCAGCAGUCAACACACCUCCGAGAGCUCACCAGGGGAGACUGGUUUGGAGAGAGAGCGCUGCAAGGGGAGGACGUCAGAACAGCAAAUGUCAUCGCUGCCGAGGCCGUCACGUGCCUGGUCAUCGACCGAGACUCAUUCAAGCAUCUGAUUGGUGGACUGGACGACGUGUCAAAUAAAGGAUACGAGGACGGUGAACUAAAAGCCAAGUACGAGGCGGAGAACGCGUUCUUCUCCAGUCUAAAGCUGACCGACUUCAACAUCAUCGACACGCUGGGAGUCGGCGGCUUCGGGCGCGUCGAGCUGGUGCAGCUUAAGAACGAAGAGGCGAAGACGUUUGCCAUGAAGAUCCUGAAGAAGCGUCACAUCGUCGACACGAGACAGCAGGAACACAUCCGAGCGGAGAAACACAUCAUGACCGAGGCACACUCUGACUUCAUUGUCAGGUUGUAUCGGACGUUUAAAGACAGUAAAUAUCUGUACAUGCUGAUGGAGGCCUGCUUGGGAGGAGAGCUGUGGACGAUACUGAGAGACAGGGGUUCAUUUGAAGAUUCGACCACCAGAUUUUACACCGCCUGUGUGGUCGAAGCCUUCGCCUACCUGCACGCCAAAGGCAUCAUAUACAGAGACCUGAAGCCUGAGAACCUCAUACUGGACAGCCACGGAUACGCCAAGCUGGUGGACUUUGGUUUCGCCAAGAAGAUUGGAGUCUGUAAGAAGACAUGGACAUUCUGCGGGACGCCGGAGUACGUCGCUCCAGAGAUCAUCCUCAACAAGGGUCAUGACGUUUCAGCGGACUACUGGUCUCUGGGCAUCCUGAUGUACGAGCUGCUGACUGGCAGUCCUCCGUUUUCAGGUCCAGAUCCAAUGAAAACCUACAACGUCAUACUGAGAGGCAUCGACAUGAUUGAGUUCCCCAAGAAGAUCACCAAGAAUGCUGCCAACCUCAUCAAGAAGCUCUGCAGAGAUAAUCCAUCUGAGAGACUUGGAAACCUGAAAAACGGAGUCAAAGACAUCCAGAAACACAAGUGGUUUGAAGGUUUUAACUGGGAGGGCCUGAGGAAAGGAACUCUGACUCCACCCAUCACACCUGAUGUAUCCUCUUCGACCGACACAAGUAACUUUGACAGUUUCCCUGAAGACACAGACGAGCCGCCACCAGACGACAACUCCGGAUGGGAUUAUGACUUCUAGGCUCACUCAAAGCCCAGCACCCUACGGUGGGUGGUGAGGUCCAAAUCUGAGAAGACAAGGAAUUCCCACCAGGCUGAACAAUGCAGAGGUUCAUGUGCCAUUUGGAGGAGGUUUUACUUGUAGCACCUUACUGUGACUCUGCCUGUGUUGUCUUUAGAUGUGGCUGGACGCUCAGUGUUUUGUUAAAACAUUGUGUCACCAGAUGAUUUGAGUACUGAGUGUGCAGUAGGCAGCAGAUGGUUCAAGACUGAAGACCUUUCACUGGUCAAAAUGAUCUGGUCUGCCAGAACAUCUGAGAGGAUUUCCAAGGAUGAGACAAACUACACCUGUUCACUUUGACAGGGUUUCCCUUGUACCGAGACCACUGCCACUUGUUUAUCAAGUUUCUUAGCGAAUUAAAUCUGUCAAAGAAAUCUCAGAACAAUGCAUCCUUGGUUACAUUUGGACACUUCUGACUUUUAAAUCCUGAGAAUGUCCUCCAUGUUCCUUCAGAUUUUAGAUAGCUGUCAGAACUCUGGAACAUAAUCACUCCACCAACAAAAACGGGCCAAUGACGCAAGAAAGACAACAGCCCUGGUUCUGGCUCUGGCUUUAUGUAACAUAUCUUGCACUGCAAGACCAGUGAAAGAGUACAAGGAUGUCCUGAAGUUACAUGACUGGGUAAAGUUGCCCAAGAACUCUGAAGAAUAAUCAACAGAACUGUGCCAACGAUGCAGAAAGACAUUUUUGUGAGGCUUGGAGGCACUCUGAGAAACAUGAACCUAGAACCUAGAACCACAGUGGCUGCCGCUGAACUUUGGGUAUUUUCACUGUCAGCAGUCAGUCACACAGCACCGGCCAUGCUUUCUCUCCAAUAUAUUGCUGCAACACUCAAAGAUUGUUUGAUGGCAGUCAGUGAUGAAGCCAGUCAAAUUCAAGGGGGCAAAUAUUAUCACAAAGUGCUUCCCAGACAAGCGUGGAUUAUCAAACCAGCAAAGUGGGCAAGUGAGGCCUUGUCUUACUUAGGGGCUCUCUAUCCAGAAUCUAGUUUUCAUACCUUAAAUAUAACAUAAAGGUUUAUAUUCAAUAACAUGGUGAAUACAAUGAUCAGCCAACACAUUAAAACCGCAGAUGGGUGAAGUGAAAAUUGAUCAUAUCGGUACAAUCAAACAAUGUGCAGAGCAACCUCUGGUCCUCGCAUUCACGUGGAUGCUUCCUGACACCACACACCCAAACACUGUUGCAGGCCAAGUAGACCCCCUCAAAGCAGAAGCACCCAGCAAUGGUAGUGUCUUCCCCACCAGGGCACAUUAACUGCUCGGGAAUUAGUUGUCCACCUGGCAGCCAAAUUCCCAAGAUCUCAGUCAGAUCGAGCAUUUGUGGGACUUCUCGCAAAGUAUUAUCUGUUGAGGCCUGACCUUGGAGCAGGCUUGGAUUUCAACCUGUGGAGGUCUUGGACCUGUCACGUGGUCCCUGGCACCAGGCCGCUGGCAGUGAAUCCUUUGAGUCCUGAGGUCAAAGCAUCCAAAUUCUCAAGAUUCCAACUCAGUUGAGCAUCCAUGAGAAGUGCUAGAACGAGUCUGAUCCUUGGAGGCCCCAGUGUGGAUUGGACUUGGCUCUGACCCAUCAAGGCCUGGACACAGGAUCUCUUAUGGUGUCCUGUGUUGUCUGGCACAAGGGCACUGGUAAUGGAUCCUGUGAGUCCUGUGGGUUGACAGCUAGGGCUGAGAAUGUCCCCAGAAAUCUGAUAAAAAGCUCAAGGCAUCAACCUGGCCUCCCAAUUCCCUGGAUUCCAAUAUAAUCAGCAAGCCACCCGCCAUCAAUGGAGGCCCCACUGUGCAACCUGCUGGACUAAAAGAAUCUGUUGCAGGUGCCUUUACAGAACACACCCAGAGUUCCUGUGUUCAUACAGAGCUAAGUCGGAUCCAUGGACUUUCUAAUAUGGAUUUGUUUGCACAAAUGCUAGACCUGAUUAGGAUCUGAAGAAUGUGGAGGACAACUUAAGUGUUUUGUCAUGUUCCCUGGGUCAUUCCUGAGCAGUUUCUCUUGCAUUUUGGCAGAUUUGCCAUGAGAGGGUAUUCUUGGUCUGUAAUGGUGUUUAGAUGGAUGAUUCAUGUCAAGUGGGAUCCAUGUAAGUUCCAGGACCAAAGUGUUGCCAGCAGAGGAUUGCAUCGUAACGUUGAUCAGUGUUAUUUGCAUCACCAGUCAGUUAUUUUAAUGUUGUGACAGAUUGGUAUCAUUAAAUAAAUUUGUGUUUACAGCAGGGUGGUGAAGUGUCAUGUUGUGGAAAUGUUUAAUGCAGGGUCUCAUGAGGCCUACAGCUUGUUUUGGGUUGUGAACAAUUACUGAAGCAGUUAGUGACAGUUUUUCUGUUUCUGGAAGCUAAGAAAGGCUUCGAAUUGUCCCUUCAGAUACCUCCUAAUGACAUCAUAGACAUCCUGUCAUUCUUCAGCCAAAGUAAAGCUUCUGCUCCUAUUAAGUGUCCUUGAUCACGACACUUAACCUUUGACCCCUAAGAGGGAGAUUAUACUUCUGCCAUCACUGCAGCCUGUCCUGUGGAAUCUGGUGUUUGUGUUUUGUGGUCUGGAGGCGGUUCUUUGGGGGCUUUUCUGACCCUGUUAGCCCAGAUUUGGCCCUCUGAGAGCGGGCUCAGGAUGAAUUUGCAGUCCAAGAGACGGACAGAGGAACUUAAGACUGAACGACACACUCGAGGUCACCAUGAUGCCUUCACUUCUCAUUUCAUUUUUGGGAACUUUACAAAUCCAAAGAGGUCUGGGUGUAGCAGCUGCAGUUCCGCCUCACCAGAUGAAAAUUUCUACUUUUAAACUUUCCUCUCUGUCAUUUGCUAUGUUGUGAAUCUUUGGAUCAUAGCAUGACAACAGAUAUUUUGUACAUAUUUCCAAGACUGCCUACAUCAUUUUGCACACACGCGCACAUACACACACACACACACACAGACACACACAUGACUUGGUUGAGUUUCUUAUGAGGUGUUUGUUUGAAAAUCGAGAAAGUUUCAGGCUUGUUCCUGUUUUGUGUUUAAGGCUUUUGAUCGACUUACUUUGUGGUUAUAGACUCCAGAAUCACCUUCACCUCUGACGAACAAAUCAAACACGUCUGGUGUUUUGAUCUUUGUCAGCUGUUUCCUGGUUGUAUAAAAUGAAAAGAACAAACCAGUCAGAAGUGUGAUGGCAGGAUUUAGAAUAAGGACGUCAUCUUCUUGUGUUCAGAGUCAGUAGUCAGUAUGUUGAUUUAUAGAAAUAACUUCUGUCUUUGACAGAACAAUAUCAUCAAAAGGGUCCAUUUAGUAGCUGGUCUUGAGGUAUUUUAGCAAACCACGCGGCCUUUCUUCAUCAGUGGAGAUUUUAGUUGUUUCCAAAGUCAAGAAAUCAACUCAAAGUCUGCCACAUUCAUUAACGAAGUGAAAUCUGUCUAAAUGCUGAAGAUUUUCACAGAAGCCUGUGUUCACACAUCAUUCACAGCCUGAUUUAUAGAAAGUUUGAUUCUUAACAACAUGAAGAAAUUGAUUUUUUGUGUCCGUUGAUAGUAUUUUCUGAUUUAUGGAAUGAUAAAAAAGACAUAUUAAAGAUAAUAUUAAAGAUAAAGUCCUCAUAAAAACCUUUGACUCUAACCUGGCUUUAUCCAGUUUUACAUUUAUGAUCUUGAAAUGUGAGAACAUUUUCUAACAACUUAAUGAAACAUUUUCACAUAAAAACAUCAAAUAUCAGAAAAGUUGUAAUAUAAAACGUUUUCAACUGGGGAAGUUCCAGUGUGAGAACCUGUGGUCUCCCCACGAGUUCUCAAAUAGAAAUGAAAAUGAAAACACUUACAUGUCGAUGUCUGCUGAGUGAUAUUUAAAGCUCCACAACAGCAGCUGAAUGAUCCUCAUUGUUCUGUCAACAGUCUCUGAGUUUAACAACACACCAACAAACUUCACUCAACAUUUGCUUCUGGAGUCAGUUUGACCAACCUGUUGAGGCAGAGGAGCAGUUCUGACACAGUGAUUCAGAAGUUGAUCCAUUACGAGUCAGAUCAGAGCCGGAUCAUACUCAGACAGCAGCAGCAGAUCUUUCUGGUGAACUUCAGAUUUUAAAUGUAGACUUUAACGUGGUGAGAUCACAGCAGAAAACAACCGUGACACAAACAUCUCUUCUGAAGACUGAUGUAGAAAUAAAACCUUAUACUCUGAGAUAAUCUUAGUUUCACAGACUUACAGUAACCCAGUCUUUGAGGUUUGCAUUUCCUCCAUGAUAGAGAAGUUUAACCAUAUAAAGUGAUGAAUCUGUUUAUUUCAGAUUGUGUUGAUAUUUCGUAGCCUUUUGUGAAAGCAGCUGAUAGUCGUCUCACUUUGGUACGAAGCCUUUUUAUUAGCAGCCUGAACCUUUUGUGAUUUUGUGAACUGAUCAGUGAUGUGACUUCUGUGCAGCUCUGCAUGAAAAUACUGGAAAUGUUCUGUUUCACCACCAGAGGGCAGAAUACAGUCAGACGCUCAAUGCCAUCCUUUGUUGAGUAUGAAGCUGGAGACAGGAUAUGGUUAGCCCAGUUAGCUUAGCAUAAAGACUAGAAGCUGCUUCCACAUGUCAAAAACUGAUUAUAAAAAUAUGUUUGGACCAGAAGAAGAAAUAUUUAUGUUCAUAUUGAUUCUUAGUGAUGAUAUUUUGUGGUUAUGAAGUCACUGAUUUAUUUGUAUAUACUGGGAAUAUAGUGCUUUAUAAUGUCUCAGUUGUCUGUAGAUCAUUAUUAUUAUUAUUAUUAUUAUUGUUAUUAUGAUUAUGAUUAUUAUUGUUGUUGUUAUUAUGGCAGUGGCUGCUGUGGUAGCUGAAGGAACUUUCUGACUCGCUCUCGCUCUGUUCAGAAAAGCUUUAUGGGCAUGACUGUUAGAAACAAAACAAAAACAAGUUUGCCAAAGCAGUUUGAUCUGUGAAAAAAAUAAAAUCUCUACAAAAAA